AUGGAGGAAGACGGCAUCAUCGAACCGCUCAGGGACGAUGACCUGCCCGAGGCAGCCCGUGAAGUGACGUCCGACUACGAUCCCAGCGAGGAGGAAACUACCUUUGGCUCUCUCACCUCGAGCGUCGGCGACCAUGUGUGGGAGUAUGGGAGGCGGUACCACGCUUACCGGUAUGGGAGGUACCCCAUCCCGAACGAUGAAGAAGAGUACAAACGAGAAUCGCUACGACACACGAUGCUGAAGGAGCUGCUGAACGGCAAGAUGUAUUUGGCACCGGUCGGAGACAACCCCCAAAAGAUCAUCGACCUAGGCACGGGGUUUGGGGAGUGGGCCAUCGAAGUCGGUGAAACGUUCCCCAGUGCCAGAGUAACGGGAGUGGAUCUCUCUCCCAUCCAACCGCACUGGAUCCCGCCCAAUGUCGACUUCAUCGUCGACGACAUUGAGGAUGAGUGGAUCCAUGCGAGUGACUACGACUUUGCCCACUUCCGCUUCGUCAACAGCCUACUCAGGGACAACAAGGAAACCCUACGCAAAGUUCUAGAAAAUCUCAAACCAGGUGGCUGGGUCGAGGUCGAGGAUAUCAUGCCACGAUUAGCCUCCGACGAUAACACCGUUUCACCCGAACAUCCCCUGAUCAGAUUCUACUCGAUCCUCGGACCGGCGUUGGUAGAAAAUUACGGAUUCGACAUCUACAUUUUAAACAACUUACCCAGUCUGCUGGAGGAGUUGGGCUUCGUCAACGUGCAGAGGAAGGUGUUUCACAUGCCCGUGGGCGAGUGGGCGCGAGACUCCCACCUGCGGCUCCUCGGCGGCUAUUUCCGCGAGGUCGUUGUCGAUUUCGUGGGGGCCAUGGCCUCACGGCCGCUCGUCGAAGCCGGGGUCGACAAAGAAGAGAUCGCGGACCUCGUCAGAGAUAUCACGGAGGCGGCCAGCAACAGACGCAUCCACGGCUAUCUGCCGAUCCACUUCGUCUGGGCCCAAAAGCCGCCAGCCUGA